AGAAGACCCCGAUGCGGAAGCGUUGUCGUGUGUGUGUUGUCGUGCGGGUUUGUGUACAAAUGUUUCCUUAACGACCGCUGAUCCGAGGCUCCAGUGCGCACAGCCAGCUCACGGUCCAGUGUGCGGGUCUGUCGGGACAAAGAGGGGGCAAAAGUGAAGAAAGAGCACGGCUUUAAAGGAGCGCGUUUGGACAAGAGGACGAGCUGGUGAUGGCAGCGACAACCGAGGGGAAGAAGGAAGAGGCCGACUACAAGAGGCUGCACAGCUUCCCUCUCAUCAGGCACACGGACAUGUCGGAGGAAAUGCGGGUGGAGACAAUGGAGCUGUGUGUCACGGCCUGUGAAAAGUUUGCAACCAACAAUGAGAGUGCCGCGAAGAUGAUCAAAGAGUCCAUGGACAAGAAGUUCGGCAGCUCGUGGCAUGUGGUCAUCGGAGAGGGCUUUGGCUUCGAGGUGACCCAUGAGGUGAAGAACUUGCUCUACAUGUUCUUCGGAGGCAGCCUGGCAGUGUGCGUGUGGAAGUGCUCCUGAUGCCCUCCCUCUGCGUCUGAGGCAGCGCACACAGACCUCCCAGCAUCUCAGUCAUUACCUUGUCUAACCCAAAGAGCGGAGGACAUGCCGUAUCGAGUAUCAGGAUCACCCAUGGUACAUGUGAGGACAGUUGAAAUUGGUGUCAAACUGAUGCCAAAUUUAGUACUGCACAAUUUAUCACAAAGUCAUUUCUCAGAUUUUUUUUUUUUUCAUAGUACUUAGAAUUUAAAAUAAAAAUGUGUUGUGACUUAAAAAAUUAAUGAAGUUCCGUUUUAGUCAUGAUCCUCCGAAUUAUUCAAAUUCUUACAUUGUUUUGGAUCUGGGUUAGUCAUGGUUAAUGCCCUAUGGUGUAAUAUUUCAGCCAAUAGUAGAUUCUCCAUAGAGGUACAGUUGUUAAAGCCCUACUAUGAAACAUUCCAGGCAAAGAGACAGCAUAUCCACGGUAUGACUCAAGCCUGUGGAGAGGCAAGCUCACAAUAAGCAAGCAGGUUUUGAAGCCAUUUUUGCACAACACAAAUGCCUAUAAUGAAAGCAUUGCUGUCCUUUUAGUUUAUUAUUUUGAUUUUAAGAUUCUAAUUAUUAAACCUAACAUAACUUUUUCACAUUGUUUUUGCUACUGUAUCUCUAUGGACGCAAAUUUAUGACGUGCAAUUCCAAGCUCUGUCGGCAGAAAUAUUACGCAGUGGGGCUUUAAAGAACACAUAUCCAAGACAGACUUUUUGACCUUUUAACCAUGUUAUACUGUUGCCUCCUCCUCAAAAGCAUACCUGGAGUUGUAUUGUUGCUUCAUUCACUGAUCUUCUUUGAUUCUCACAAGUGUUCACUUUGUAUUUUGCUCGUUUAGUUGCAUCACAACUACUCCAGAAUUCCCCUGUGCAGUUUUUAAGCCCAUAAACCAUCACCAGACUCAUUCUAUGAUCAACUUGUGUUCACAGUGAACACACAGCUGUAUUAGCAAAGCAGUUAUGUUUCCUAAGUGCUUCAUUAGUCCUUUCCCCAAUUGUCAAUUCCUGUUGUUGACAGCCGAGGGAGCUCCAGCACCUAAAUGCCUCUAUGGAUACAGAGGUGAAGUUUAUAAUGUGUAUUUUCCAAAUGCAGACAUUAUCUAAUCUGACCAGAACUUGCAUGAGCAGCGUAACAUCUUCACUCUUUUACAAUGGAUCACACUUAGACGACUGAGGCAUUACACAGAUGGCAUUAUUUAAGUUAGAAAUGUGAAAUACUAAUCCUAAGAUAUCCAAAAGCAUGUUUACAAGGGAAUUCAAGCCAAAAUAAUGUAUAAUGUGUUCUUUAAAGACCCAUAUCGUGCUAUUUUCUGAUCUCUGUUCUAAUAUUGUUUCCUCAUCACAAACAGACCUGGAGUUGUGUUUUGUUAUUCACACUUUUAACACACAAAUCCUACAUAUUUGGGCUGAGUUCUUCUCUCAAACAAAAAACACUCAGUUCUACCAUUUGAUGUCAUCAUGUGGGAAUACAGGAAGUGCUCCACUGUGUUUUUAAACUUCAUACACCUUCACUAGAAUCUUUUGGAUAAUUUCAGCCCUGGAGUUUCAAAUCUCUACUGAACGAAAGGUAAAAGGCAGCUGUUAACUUCAAAACUACCACUUCAUAAUAUCGCACGAUGAAACAGAGCAUUUUGAUGAUAGACAAAUAAACCAGGAUUACUCAAACAUGAAUGAAACAAAACACGGGUUUGUUUUUGAGGUGGUGACAGCAUUAGAACAUGACUUAAAGCUCACAAGAGUCACUUUUAUGUAAUAUAGGACCUUUUAAGGUUUAAUGUUGACCCAGUUUUAUAAAUGACCAUUUUACUUUGAAAUUAAUUAAACUAAUAAUAGUUAAAUAUAGAAUUUUUAUCUGAAAUUGUGCAGCCCAAUAAUUGUGUUGACUGUGUGAGGUAUGGACUCCUAUGUUGGCUUUACUUGGAGUCUUAUUUUUACUGUAAAAAGAUUUGAUUUGAUUUAAAAAAAUAUAUAUAUUAUAUUUCAUCUCAGUGGAAUAGUUGAUAGAAACUUGGUAAGGCAUGAAGGUUAGAAUUUUUAUUUAUUUUUAAAUAAACUACACACACAAUUUAAGGAGUUAUGUCUGCACAAUUACAUUAAUAUUGCCCACUUUCUUUCAUUUGUCAUUAAAGGUACACUAUGUCACUUUUCUGGUAAAGGGUCCUGCUGGUCUCUAUGGAACUGUUACUGUGUUGUGUGAAAUGUUCCACAAUUUAUUUUAUUGCACAAAAGUACAAUAUAACACAUGUUGUGAGCAGAUUUGCCUUUCCAUAGAUCUGACCCUCUAACUUGGCUUGGUGACGUUGGACAACCAAAAAAGUUACAUAGUGAAUCAUUAUUCUUCGAAAAGUGUUUUGUUUUUUUUUCCCCCUCUAUUUUCAAAGUAAAGGUUGUGUUAAAGGCUCCAUACCUGAUUUUUACUGUUUGAAAAACAAAACUAGUUAAUUGUAAACAAUUUGCAGUGCUCCAAAUUUAUUCCUCAGAGGGUUGUCAAAAGUAUAGAAAAUCAGAUACUAAUCGCUAUUUAAACUAGUAUUGAAACUAGAGAGUUAUUAGAGCAGGUAUCCAUACUAAAAAAGUCCCAUUCACAGAACAUAAAUGAACCUUUCCUGUAUAGCUUUAGAAUGAUAUUAAGCUGUAUCUUUCACAAGUAUAAGACACAUAGACUAAUAUACACCCAUGGUCCACUAGGAACCUACUGGACACUGAGGGAUUACACACACAUAAGGCCACAUGGGAAUACAGUGGUCCCUGGUUUAUUUCGGGGGUUAUGUUCUAAAAAUAACCCACAAUAGGCGAAAUCCGCAAAGUAGUGUUUUAUUUUUAACAAUUAUUCUAUAUGUUUUACAGCUGUAAAACCCCUCACCACACACUUUAUACACUUUUGUCACUGUCACUGUUAACAAUAACUAAAAUGCUAACCAUGCACUUGAUUCUGGGAUGAUAAACCGAUGCAUACACUACACAGCAGACCUAUUUGAACCUCAAAAUCUGUUUGUACAAUAUAUCUGUACUGGGCCAAGACCCAUUUUGCUUAAAGGUCCAAUAUUACACAAAAUUGACUUUUGUGAGCUUUAAGCCAUGUUCUAAUGUUGUUACCUCCUCAAAAAAUAUACACGAAGUUGUGUUUUGUUUCAUUCACAUGUGUUUGAGUAACCCUUUAUUAUUAGUAUGUCUACAUCUUCGAAGCUUAAAAUGUUCAGUUCCACCUUGUGAUGUCAUGCAGUGGUAGUUUUCAAGUCCUUUUACCUUUUGUUCAGUAGAGAUCAGCAAUCCCAGGGCAUAAAUUAUCCAAAUGAUUCUAGUAUUCUAGUAGUAGUAGUAUGUGUAAGGAGUUUAAUAACACAGUGGGGCACUUCCUGUAUUUCCACAUGAUGUCAUAAUGUAGAAUGUUUUCAGUUUGAGGAAGGAACAGUGUGAAUAUGCAGGGUUUGUGUGUUAAACAUGUGUGAAUGAAACAAAACACAACUCCAGGUCUCAUUUGGAUGAGGAAAUAAUGUUAGAACAGAUCAGAAAAUGGCAUAAUAUGGGCCCUUUAAAAAUCGGGUGUGGAGCCUUUAAUAAAGCAGUAUUUUCACCUAAAUAUGUGAAUUCUGAACAGACUGGGAUUUACCCUGCUCCUUGUGUUACCAGCAAAACUUUUAGGGUCAGCAGGGUCUCCUUUGUCCCCGGUCUCUGUCCAAACCCGGCGUCCUCUGUCCCCCCAUGCCUCCCGUCCAUUUUUCAGAACUCAUCUGUCGUUGUCCCCUGCCUCCUCCGUCCCUGUCCCCUCUUUCGAUUCUCAUCUGUCACCUCUGUCUCCUGUCUUCUGUAUCUGUGUGUCCUUUGUCCCGGUCCUCUCUUUUGGAUCUUUUCUGUCUGUCUGUCUCUGUAUUUCUCUCUUCUGCCUCCUGUGCCUGUCCCCUCUGUCCCUGUCUUCUGCCUCCCCUGUCCUCUGUCUCCUCUGUCCCCUGUCCUCUGUCUCCUCUGUCCCUGUCUUCUGUCCUCUAUCCCUCCUCUCCUCAUGAGUGUGUGCGGGACACACAGCUCUCUUUUACUACUCUUUGUACACAGUGUUUACUGUACAGGGACCAGCCUUCUUUGAUUUGGUUACAGACACUCUGUUGUACAAUGGAUAAUAAACUCCCAAC